AUGGCCACUCCUCCCAUCCCCUUUACGCGCCUCAAGCAGAUUGCCACCGAUGUGUGCAACAGCGCCAUUGGCAGCGCCGAGUUCUACGACCAUGCAAAGACGGAGCAGUGGAACUCGACGAUAAUCAGCUCCAUGCUCAAGGCUGUCAUCUCCGAAGCCACACCCUCGGGUGCCUCAGCCCCCUCAUUCAAGUUCGCCUGCAACAGCACCAUCGUCCAGCACCUUGUGCCGACUUCAUCGCUCAGCAAGUCGCGCGGCGGGGCCGAGUCAAAGGCCGAGGAACCUCACAUCUCGACCAGCGCCGAGGGCGGCGCCACGGCCACGGACGGCAAGCCCCACGUCGGACGCAGGGGCAUGCACAGCGCCACCGGGGCCUACUGGGACGAGAAGAAGGAUGGCAUGUGGACCUUUAAGUAUGACGGGGGAGAGGGAAAGGGACUCGACAUCGUCAUCAUGCUCAUCUGGGUUGGCAUUUGA